AUGGAGAAAUCUGACAUAGAGAGUGGUGUAGUGAUCGGUGGUAAGGAGCUUUACCCUAAGAUGACGGAGAGCCCCGAGCUUCGCUGGGCUUUCAUAAGGAAGGUUUACACCGUCUUGACUCUUCAGCUGAUGGUGACAGUAGGAGUCUCCUUGGUCGUUUUCUUCGUUGACGAGAUAUCUGUCUUCAUCACGACAACCACACCAGGCCUUGUCGUCUUCUUUGUCUCGCUCCUUCUUCCUCUUCUCAUGUUGUGGCCACUGAUUGUGUUUGCUAAGAAGCAUCCCAUCAACCUCAUCAUCUUAAUGCUCUUCACUCUCUCCAUCUCUUUUGCUGUAGGACUUUGCUGCUCCUUUUCUAAAGGGAGGAUUGUUCUGGAGGCUGCGAUUCUCACAGCUACAAUGGUCGUGGGGUUAACUAUAUACACUUUCUGGGCAGUAAGGAGAGGCCAUGACUUCUCUUUCCUUGCACCAUUCCUCUUUGGAGCCUCCCUUAUCAUCCUUGUCUUUGCUCUGAUUCAGAUAUUCUAUCCUCUGGGGAAGCUACCGUCGAUGAUAUUCAGCUGUUUAGCUUCAAUCUUGUUCUGCGGAUUCAUCGUCUAUGACACGGACCAGCUUAUCAAGAAACUCAACUACGACGAGUAUAUCCAUGCUGCUAUUUCUCUUUAUCUGGACGUCAUCAACCUCUUUAUCCAUCUCCUUGGUAUUGGCAUCCACACCUAGUGAUUUCAUACACACAUCCUAUCUGUUAAAUGUUAAUGUUCUCAUGGUUCACUUAGAAGUAAUUUCAGACACAAGCUUAAAAGGUUGUGGUUUGCUAUAUUUUGCUCUUAAUGAAUGGCUACAUAUAUAUUUUGUUAAGAUUAUGAUAACUCUCAAGACUUUGCAAGGAAUCUCUAGAAAAAAG